AUGCGCAACUCAGAUGUUUAUGCAGCUGCACAUCAGGAAUGCACAAGAAAACCAUGGCAGAAUAUGUCCCUAAAGGACUUCUACUCUUAUCUCUCCAUCGUCAUUUAUAUGGGUCUUGUAAAAGCUCCAGCUGUUUCUGACUACUGGAAUGGAUCUAGGCUUUAUAACAUUAGCUUUCCUGCCACUGUUAUGUCAAGCAGGAAAUUUCAUGCUAUAGCCUUAGCCCUUCAUCUAAGUGAUCCUAAGAUGGAUGCUGAGAAUAUAAAGAAAAAAGGCACCCCUGCUUUUGAUCGGCUUGGGAAACUGAAGCUGGUGUACCAAAGCAUACAGAACGCCUGCAAGACCUUCCAUCAUCCAUAUCAAAAUAUUUCCAUUGACGAAAGGAUGGUGGCAACCAAGGCAAGAAUAGGGAUCAAACAGUACCACAAAGACAAACCAACAAAAUGGGGGUACAAGCUCUUUGUUUUAGCCGAUUCUGUCCAUGCCUACACCUGGAAUUUUUUCAUUUAUGAAGGCAAGUCUCCCGCUCCAAGUGAAGAAAGCAGGGGGCUGAGCUAUGAAUCAGUGGUGGCACUGAUUGACGAAAGGAUGCUGGGAACUGGCUACAGGCUGUAUGUAGAUAACUUCUACACCAGCCCAACAUUUUUCCUGGACCUUCGGCAAAAGGGCAUCUGGGCAUGUGGGACAAUACGAAGCAACCGUGUGGGCUUUCCACGUACCAUGACCAACAGGCUGCCCCGAAAUUCCCCCCGUGGAAGUAUGCGGUGGUUUCGAGACCAAGAUUUGCUCUUUGUAGAAUGGAAGGACACCAAAGAGGUUCUCAUGUGCUCAUCCUUCCAUUCUGCAAAUGGAGAUCACACCAUCAAAAGAAGAGUGAGAACAGGAGACAGGGAAUGGAAGGAAGUGACGGUUCCAAUUCCUCCUACAGUGUAUGACUACAACAAGAACAUGGGCGGAGUAGACAUGUCAGAUGCACUGAUAUGCUAUUAUUCUGUUCUUCGAAAGACCAGGAAAUGGUACCAAUCUCUGUUCUACCACUUUGUGGACAUUGCAGUGGUAAAUGGAUUCAUCCUUCACCAGCAGAUGGCUACAUUACAGAACCAGCGACCAAAAUCACAGAGAGAGUUCCGGGAAGCACUGGUAUUGGAAUUGGCAGACUGGAUGCCCAACAAUGAAACAUGCUCCAGUUCUGGUCCUCCUGAUCCAGUUCCCCAAAGCAGACCUACUGCAGGACACCACAGGCCAAAAUACAUGCCCGAAUCUCGGAGAAGAUGCAAAGUGUGCCAUCAGAAGACCACUGUGUUCUGCCAAGGCUGCGACUUGUUUUUAUGUUUUCUGCCAACACGGGACUGCUUCAACCAAUAUCAUGAUGCACAUAGUUUGUAG